AUGUUUCUGUAUUCGACCCGUGUGACCCUGACCCUGACCUGUGUGACCCUGACCUGUGUGACCCUGACCCUGACCUGUGUGACCCUGACCCUGACCUGUGUGACCCUGACCCUGACCUGUGUGACCCUGACCUGUGUGACCCUGACCUGUGUGACCCUGACCUGUGUGACCCUGACCCUGACCUGUGUGACCCUGACCCGUGUGACCCUGACCCUGACCUGUGUGACCCUGACCCUGACCCUGACCUGUGUGACCCUGACCCCUGUGACCCUGACCUGUGUGACCCUGACCUGUGUGACCCUGACCUGUGUGACCCUGACCCUGACCUGUGUGACCCUGACCUGUGUGACCCGCGUGACCCUGACCCUGACCUGUGUGACCCUGACCCCUGUGACCCUGACCUGUGUGACCCUGACCCUGACCUGUGUGACCCUGACCCUGACCUGUGUGACCCUGACCCUGACCUGUGUGACCCUGACCUCUGUGACCCUGACCCGUGUGACCCUGACCCUGACCUGUGUGACCCUGACCCUGACCCUGACCUGUGUGACCCUGACCCUGACCUGUGUGACCCUGACCCUGACCUGUGUGACCCUGACCCUGACCUGUGUGACCCUGACCUGUGUGACCCUGACCUGUGUGACCCUGACCUGUGUGACCCUGACCCUGACCUGUGUGACCCUGACCCUGACCCUGACCUGUGUGACCCUGACCUGUGUGACCCUGACCUGUGUGACCCUGACCUGUGUGACCCUGACCCUGACCCUGACCUGUGUGACCCUGACCCUGACCUGUGUGACCCUGACCCUGACCUGUGUGACCCUGACCUGUGUGACCCUGACCUGUGUGACCCUGACCUGUGUGACCCUGACCUGUGUGACCCUGACCUGUGUGACCCUGACCCUGACCUGUGUGACCCUGACCUGUGUGACCCUGACCCUGACCUGUGUGACCCUGACCUGUGUGACCCGCGUGACCCUGACCCUGACCUGUGUGACCCUGACCUGUGUGACCCUGACCCUGACCUGUCUUCGAGCCGAGCGUUUCUCUCUGCACCGGUCCACAGGCGAGCUGAGAAGCUCCGCCCCCCUGCUCCACGCCGACCGCCACGAGUACCACCUGACCGCAACCGCCACGGACCACGGCCGCCCCCGACUCAGCUCCUCCUGCCAGCUGCUCAUACAGGUACAGACUACAGGUACAGACUACAGGUACAGACUACAGGUACAGACUACAGGUACAGACUACAGGUACAGACUACAGGUACAGACUACAGGUACAGACUACAGGUGCAGACUACAGGUACAGACUACAGGUACAGACCACAGGUGCAGACUACAGGUACAGACUACAGGUGCAGACUACAGGUACAGACUACAGGUACAGACUACAGGUACAGACUACAGGUACAGACUACAGGUACAGACUACAGGUGCAGACUACAGGUACAGACUACAGGUACAGACUACAGGUACAGACCACAGGUACAGACUACAGGUACAGACUACAGGUACAGACUACAGGUACAGACUACAGGUGCAGACUACAGGUACAGACUACAGGUGCAGACUACAGGUACAGACUACAGGUGCAGACUACAGGUGCAGACUACAGGUGCAGACCACAGGUACAGACUACAGGUACAGACUACAGGUGCAGACUACAGGUACAGACUACAGGUGCAGACUACAGGUACAGACUACAGGUACAGACUACAGGUACAGACUACAGGUGCAGACUACAGGUACAGACUACAGGUACAGACCACAGGUACAGACCACAGGUACAGACUACAGGUGCAGACUACAGGUACAGACUACAGGUGCAGACUACAGGUACAGACUACAGGUGCAGACUACAGGUACAGACCACAGGUGCAGACUACAGGUACAGACUACAGGUGCAGACUACAGGUACAGACUACAGGUGCAGACUACAGGUGCAGACUACAGGUACAGACCACAGGUACAGACUACAGGUACAGACUACAGGUGCAGACUACAGGUACAGACUACAGGUACAGACCACAGGUGCAGACUACAGGUGCAGACUACAGGUGCAGACUACAGGUGCAGACUACAGGUGCAGACUACAGGUACAGACCACAGGUGCAGACUACAGGUACAGACUACAGGUGCAGACUACAGGUGCAGACUACAGGUACAGACCACAGGUACAGACUACAGGUGCAGACUACAGGUACAGACUACAGGUGCAGACUACAGGUACAGACCACAGGUGCAGACUACAGGUACAGACUACAGGUGCAGACUACAGGUGCAGACUACAGGUACAGACCACAGGUGCAGACUACAGGUACAGACUACAGGUGCAGACUACAGGUGCAGACUACAGGUACAGACCACAGGUACAGACUACAGAUACAGACCAGCGGUACAGACUACAGGUACAGACUACAGGUACAGACUACAGGUGCAGACUACAGGUGCAGACUACAGGUACAGACUACAGGUACAGAAUACAGGUACAGACUACAGGUACAGACCACAGGUGCAGACUACAGGUGCAGACUACAGGUACAGACCACAGGUGCAGACUACAGGUACAGACUACAGGUGCAGACUACAGGUGCAGACUACAGGUACAGACCACAGGUGCAGACUACAGGUACAGACUACAGGUGCAGACUACAGGUACAGACUACAGGUACAGACUACAGGUACAGACUACAGGUGCAGACUACAGGUGCAGACUACAGGUGCAGACUACAGGUGCAGACUACAGGUACAGACUACAGGUGCAGACUACAGGUGCAGACUACAGGUACAGACCACAGGUACAGACUACAGGUGCAGACUACAGGUACAGACUACAGGUACAGACCACAGGUACAGACCACAGGUGCAGACUACAGGUACAGACCACAGGUGCAGACUACAGGUACAGACUACAGGUGCAGACUACAGGUGCAGACUACAGGUACAGACCACAGGUGCAGACUACAGGUACAGACUACAGGUGCAGACUACAGGUACAGACUACAGGUGCAGACUACAGGUACAGACUACAGGUACAGACUACAGGUACAGACUACAGGUGCAGACUACAGGUACAGACUACAGGUACAGACUACAGGUACAGACCACAGGUGCAGACUACAGGUACAGACUACAGGUACAGACCACAGGUGCAGACUACAGGUGCAGACUACAGGUGCAGACUACAGGUACAGACCACAGGUGCAGACUACAGGUACAGACCACAGGUGCAGACUACAGGUACAGACUACAGAUACAGACCAGCGGUACAGACCACAGGUACAGACUACAGGUGCAGACUACAGGUACAGACUACAGGUACAGACUACAGGUGCAGACUACAGGUACAGACCACAGGUGCAGACUACAGGUACAGACUACAGGUACAGACCACAGGUGCAGACUACAGGUGCAGACUACAGGUGCAGACUACAGGUACAGACCACAGGUGCAGACUACAGGUACAGACUACAGGUGCAGACUACAGGUACAGACUACAGGUGCAGACUACAGGUACAGACCACAGGUGCAGACUACAGGUGCAGACUACAGGUACAGACUACAGGUGCAGACUACAGGUACAGACUACAGGUGCAGACUACAGGUACAGACCACAGGUACAGACUACAGGUGCAGACUACAGGUACAGACCACAGGUGCAGACUACAGGUACAGACCACAGGUACAGACUACAGGUGCAGACUACAGGUACAGACCACAGGUACAGACUACAGGUGCAGACUACAGGUACAGACUACAGGUACAGACUACAGGUGCAGACUACAGGUACAGACUACAGGUACAGACUACAGGUACAGACUACAGGUGCAGACUACAGGUACAGACUACAGGUGCAGACUACAGGUACAGACUACAGGUGCAGACUACAGGUACAGACCACAGGUACAGACUACAGGUGCAGACUACAGGUGCAGACUACAGGUACAGACUACAGGUACAGACCACAGGUGCAGACUACAGGUACAGACUACAGGUGCAGACUACAGGUACAGACUACAGGUACAGACUACAGGUACAGACUACAGGUGCAGACUACAGGUACAGACCACAGGUACAGACUACAGGUGCAGACUACAGGUGCAGACUACAGGUACAGACUACAGGUACAGACCACAGGUGCAGACUACAGGUACAGACUACAGGUGCAGACUACAGGUACAGACUACAGGUACAGACUACAGGUACAGACUACAGGUACAGACUACAGGUGCAGACUACAGGUGCAGACUACAGGUGCAGACUACAGGUACAGACUACAGGUGCAGACUACAGGUACAGACUACAGGUGCAGACUACAGGUACAGACUACAGGUGCAGACUACAGGUGCAGACUACAGGUACAGACUACAGGUACAGACUACAGGUACAGACUACAGGUACAGACUACAGGUGCAGACUACAGGUACAGACUACAGGUGCAGACUACAGGUACAGACUACAGGUGCAGACUACAGGUACAGACUACAGGUGCAGACUACAGGUACAGACUACAGGUGCAGACUACAGGUACAGACUACAGGUGUACAGACUACAGGUGCAGACUACAGGUACAGACUACAGGUACAGACUACAGGUACAGACUACAGGUACAGACUACAGGUACAGACUACAGGUGCAGACUACAGGUACAGACUACAGGUACAGACUACAGGUGCAGACUACAGGUGCAGACUACAGGUACAGACUACAGGUACAGACUACAGGUACAGACUACAGGUACAGACCACAGGUACAGACCACAGGUACAGACCACAGGUACAGACUACAGGUACAGACUACAGGUACAGACUACAGGUGCAGACUACAGGUGCAGACUACAGGUACAGACUACAGGUACAGACUACAGGUGCAGACUACAGGUACAGACCACAGGUACAGACUACAGGUACAGACCACAGGUACAGACCACAGGUGCAGACUACAGGUACAGACUACAGGUGCAGACUACAGGUACAGACCACAGGUACAGACUACAGGUACAGACCACAGGUACAGACUACAGGUACAGACUACAGGUACAGACUACAGGUGCAGACUACAGGUGCAGACUACAGGUACAGACUACAGGUACAGACCACAGGUACAGACUACAGGUACAGACUACAGGUGCAGACUACAGGUGCAGACUACAGGUACAGACUACAGGUACAGACUACAGGUACAGACUACAGGUACAGACUACAGGUGCAGACUACAGGUACAGACUACAGGUACAGACUACAGGUACAGACUACAGGUACAGACUACAGGUGCAGACUACAGGUACAGACUACAGGUACAGACUACAGGUGCAGACUACAGGUACAGACUACAGGUACAGAAUACAGGUACAGACUACAGGUACAGACUACAGGUACAGACUACAGGUACAGACUACAGGUACAGACUACAGGUACAGACUACAGGUGCAGACUACAGGUACAGACUACAGGUACAGACUACAGGUACAGACUACAGGUACAGACCACAGGUACAGACUACAGGUACAGACUACAGGUACAGACUACAGGUGCAGACUACAGGUGCAGACUACAGGUACAGACUACAGGUACAGACCACAGGUGCAGACUACAGGUACAGACUACAGGUACAGACUACAGGUACAGACUACAGGUACAGACUACAGGUGCAGACUACAGGUGCAGACUACAGGUACAGACUACAGGUACAGACCACAGGUACAGACUACAGGUACAGACUACAGGUGCAGACUACAGGUACAGACUACAGGUACAGACUACAGGUACAGACUACAGGUGCAGACUACAGGUGCAGACUACAGGUACAGACUACAGGUACAGACUACAGGUACAGACCACAGGUACAGACUACAGGUACAGACUACAGGUACAGACUACAGGUGCAGACUACAGGUACAGACUAUAGGUACAGACUACAGGUACAGACUACAGGUACAGACUACAGGUACAGACUACAGGUACAGACUACAGGUACAGACUACAGGUACAGACCACAGGUACAGACUACAGGUACAGACUACAGGUGCAGACUACAGGUACAGACUACAGGUGCAGACUACAGGUACAGACUACAGGUACAGACUACAGGUGCAGACUACAGGUACAGACUACAGGUACAGACUACAGGUGCAGACUACAGGUACAGACUACAGGUACAGACUACAGGUACAGAAUACAGGUACAGACUACAGGUACAGACUACAGGUACAGACUACAGGUACAGACCACAGGUACAGACUACAGGUACAGACUACAGGUACAGACUACAGGUACAGACUACAGGUGCAGACUACAGGUGCAGACUACAGGUACAGACUACAGGUACAGACCACAGGUACAGACUACAGGUACAGACUACAGGUGCAGACUACAGGUACAGACUACAGGUGCAGACUACAGGUGCAGACUACAGGUGCAGACUACAGGUACAGACUACAGGUACAGACUACAGGUGCAGACUACAGGUACAGACUACAGGUACAGACUACAGGUACAGACUACAGGUGCAGACUACAGGUGCAGACUACAGGUACAGACUACAGGUACAGACCACAGGUACAGACUACAGGUACAGACUACAGGUACAGACUACAGGUGCAGACUACAGGUGCAGACUACAGGUACAGACUACAGGUACAGACUACAGGUGCAGACUACAGGUACAGACUACAGGUACAGACUACAGGUACAGACUACAGGUGCAGACUACAGGUACAGACUACAGGUACAGACCACAGGUACAGACUACAGGUACAGACUACAGGUACAGACUACAGGUGCAGACUACAGGUGCAGACUACAGGUACAGACUACAGGUACAGACUACAGGUACAGACUACAGGUACAGACUACAGGUACAGACUACAGGUGCAGACUACAGGUACAGACUACAGGUACAGACUACAGGUACAGACUACAGGUACAGACUACAGGUGCAGACUACAGGUACAGACUACAGGUACAGACUACAGGUGCAGACUACAGGUACAGACUACAGGUGCAGACUACAGGUACAGACUACAGGUACAGACUACAGGUGCAGACUACAGGUACAGACUACAGGUACAGACUACAGGUACAGAAUACAGGUACAGACUACAGGUACAGACUACAGGUACAGACUACAGGUACAGACUACAGGUACAGACUACAGGUGCAGACUACAGGUGCAGACCACAGGUGCAGACUACAGGUACAGACUACAGGUGCAGACUACAGGUACAGACUACAGGUACAGACUACAGGUGCAGACUACAGGUACAGACUACAGGUACAGACUACAGGUACAGAAUACAGGUACAGACUACAGGUACAGACUACAGGUACAGACUACAGGUACAGACCACAGGUACAGACUACAGGUACAGAAUACAGGUACAGACUACAGGUACAGACUACAGGUACAGACUACAGGUACAGACUACAGGUGCAGACUACAGGUGCAGACUACAGGUACAGACUACAGGUACAGACUACAGGUACAGACUACAGGUACAGACCACAGGUACAGACUACAGGUACAGACUACAGGUACAGACUACAGGUGCAGACUACAGGUACAGACUACAGGUACAGACCACAGGUACAGACUACAGGUACAGACUACAGGUACAGACUACAGGUGCAGACUACAGGUGCAGACUACAGGUACAGACUACAGGUACAGACUACAGGUGCAGACUACAGGUACAGACUACAGGUACAGACUACAGGUACAGACUACAGGUACAGACUACAGGUGCAGACUACAGGUGCAGACUACAGGUACAGACUACAGGUACAGACCACAGGUACAGACUACAGGUACAGACUACAGGUGCAGACUACAGGUACAGACUACAGGUACAGACUACAGGUACAGACUACAGGUGCAGACUACAGGUGCAGACUACAGGUACAGACUACAGGUACAGACUACAGGUACAGACUACAGGUACAGACUACAGGUACAGACUACAGGUACAGACUACAGGUACAGACUACAGGUACAGACAGAAGGUACAGACUAA